AUGUCGCUUAUAGAGAUCGAGUCUGAGGACCAGUUCACGCAGCUUACAAAGGAUGACCCUACUAAGUUGAUUGCCCUUUACUUCCACACCCCUUGGGCUGCCCCAUGUCAAACGAUGAACUCGGUGGUGAAGACUUUGGCUCAGGCCAACCCAAACGUCAGAUUCCUCUCUAUCAACGCUGACGACCAUUCCGACAUUUCUGAGUUGUUUGAAGUUUCGGCUGUUCCAUAUAUAAUAUUGAUUCGUAACGCUACGAUCUUGCAGGAGUUGAGCGGUGCUGACCCUAAGGAAUUCAUUGCAGCCUUGAAGCAGUUCUCUGGAGACACGGCUCCUUCUUCUGUGGAUGGUGCUGCUGCUACCCAAGCUAGUCUGGACGCAGCCCCAGCUCCUAAAGAGCCAACGGCAGAGGAGCUCGAUGAGAGACUCAAGAAGCUCACGGCAGCUGCCCCAGUUAUGCUCUUCAUGAAGGGUUCUCCUUCCUCGCCCCAGUGUGGCUUCUCUCGUCAGAUGGUGGCUAUCUUGAGAGAACACCAGGUCCGUUUUGGUUUCUUCGACAUCUUGAAGGAUGACUCGGUCAGACAGGGCCUUAAGACGUUCUCCGACUGGCCAACCUUCCCACAGUUAUACGUAAAUGGCGAAUUCCAAGGUGGCUUGGACAUCAUCAAGGAGUCUCUUGAGGAGGACUCUGACUUUUUCCAAACUGCAUUGGCCGCAUAG